GCCGCCGGUGUCGUACCGGGGCACUUCCUGGUUGGAGGCCGCCGGUCCCGGGGCAGCAAAGCAGGGAAGUGCCGCUGAGGGAGGAGGCGGAGGGAGGCCCCGGAAGGAGGAGGAAGCCGAGCAAAGGACAUGUAUACCUCUGAGAAACCUUCUCCAACAAGAUACCUUGCUUCAAGACCUGUCUUGGAUUAUAUGCAAAGAAGUUUCCAGUCAUGAGUGCAGAUGCUGAGCAGGAUGCUGCUAUCAAACUUGCCCAAGAACGAGCAGAGAUAGUUGCCAAGUAUGACAGAGGACGAGAAGGUGCUCAGAUUGAACCAUGGGAAGAUGCUGACUAUCAUCUUUACAAAGUCACUGAUAGAUUUGGGUUUCUACAUCCAGAGGAGCUUCCUGUCCAUGAUGCAGCGAUAGAAAAGCAAAAGCACAUUGAAAUUGAAAGAACUACAAAAUGGCUUAAGAUGCUGAAAAGCUGGGAAAAAUACAAGAAUAGUGAAAAGUUUCACAGGAGAAUUUAUAAAGGAAUUCCACUGCAGUUCAGAGGGCAGGUCUGGUCUUUACUACUUGAUGUCCCUAAAAUGAAAGAAGAAAUGAAAGACUUUUAUAAUAAAUUGAAGUGUCAAGCACGAGGGUCUUCGCCAGAUAUUAGGCAAAUUGAUCUUGAUGUAAAUCGAACAUAUAGAGAUCAUAUCAUGUUCCGAGACAGAUACGGUGUUAAGCAACAAUCUUUAUUCCAUGUUUUAGCUGCAUAUUCCAUAUAUAAUACGGAAGUUGGAUACUGUCAGGGAAUGAGCCAGAUCACGGCUCUACUCCUCAUGUACAUGAAUGAAGAAGAUGCCUUCUGGGCCCUGGUGAAACUUCUCUCUGGUCCAAAGCAUGCUAUGCAUGGUUUUUUUAUUCCUGGUUUUCCAAAACUGUUGAGGUUUCAAGAACAUCAUGAGAAAAUACUGAAAAAAUUUUUGUCCAAACUUAAGCAGCAUUUGGACUCCCAGGAUAUAUCCACUAGCUUUUACACAACAAAGUGGUUUUUCCAGUGUUUCCUUGAUCGUACUCCCUUUACAUUAAGCCUCAGGAUAUGGGAUAUCUACAUACUUGAAGGAGAGCGGAUUCUCACUGCUAUGUCUUACACAAUUCUGAAACUACACAGAAAGCAUCUGAUGAAAUUACAAAUGGAAGAGCUUGUAGAAUUUCUGCAGGAGUCUUUAGCCAAGGAUUUCUUCUAUGAAGAUGACUUUGUAAUAGACCAGCUCCAAAAUUCUCUAUCAGAAUUGAAACGAGCAAAGCUGGAUUUACCGGUAGCUGGUAAAGAAGACGAAUUUCCAAAGAAGCCAUUGGGGCAGAUUCCAUCAGGACCUCAGCCUGCUAUACUUAAUUCCACUCCAAUGCUUAAUGGACAGAACAGCACUGGUACACAAACAACAAGAAGGACAGAGAGGAGGUCAUCCCCAGGAGAAGAAUCAGAAGGUUCACCAAAUAACAGAAAAAUAAUUAAUUCACUGGAAAAGAAACCUUCCUUAAAACAGCAGAAAACUCGACCAAUAGAGGCACAAAGUAGUAUGCCUAAGAAUGAGGUAGAUACCAGAAGAAAGCCUCAGUCAACAGAGCAGGACAACUCAAGACAGUAUAAUAAUGCAGCUGCGAAUCAAAAUUCUAAUGCUACUUCAAAUACAAGAAGGGAAUUUGUACCUAAGUGGAAUAAACCAUCUGAUAUCAAAAUAAUUGAAAAGACAAUGAAACUUACUUCAGAGGUAAAAGGAAGGCCAAUAAACCAUUCAGUUUUGGGCCCACCACCAAGUCCUGGAGAAACACAGCCUUUGAAUGUAAAGCAAAAGAUGAGGGUUUUGGAUGCUGAUGAAGGUAAGCGAGGGUCUAAUGCAUCUCAGUAUGACAAUGUUCCAGAAGUUGAGAAUGAGAAUCUUGUUGAAGAGAUGCUUGAGAGAGCUCGUCCGCAGAGCCCUAGGCAUGUGACAUACUCUAAUAGUCCAAGAAAGCAAAUUGAAAAAGUACCAACUCCAUUAAAAAUACCCAAUAACUACACCUUCGCUUCACAACCCAGGUCUCCAAAAUAUUCUUCACAAUCUGAGGGACCACCUCAUGGACUGAAUGUAAAACAGCUACUGCCACGUUAUAGUAAUCCACCUAUUUACCAUGGAAAUUCUCCAAAGCACGUUUCCAAUCUAGGCAAUACAAGUUCUAUACCUCUACAUUAUCAUGGGAAUCGAACCAGCCCUUCUGGUAGGCCAUAUGGUUCUUUUAUGUCAGUGGAUUAUUCUCCAGAUAAACUACAAAUUAAUUCCUAUCCCGCCAACCGCCAAAAUCCUCUUUCACCAGCCCCUGGUCAGAUAGAAGUAGCCCCUGUCGAUGCGUAUACCAGCAACUCAAGAUCCCCCACAGGUGUCAAAUUCAUAAUCCCUCCAGUGGAUUAUUUACCAGAAGAUAGGAAGUGGCCAGAUGCUGCAUAUAUUUACAGACAUGAACCCUACAGGCAGCCCUGGAUCCAAGACGUUAACAAAGGCCACUUGGAUAAUUUCCAGAAUUACCAGCAUUUUCAGUCAACACCUUUUCAAGACCAUAGUCUUCCUGCUGUUUCUGUGGAUAGUCCAAUAAGAUACAGGACUUCACCAACCUUUGAAGAUUGUGGUUCACCACAAUACCAAUAUUCAAGCCCAUCAACUCAAGCCCAACACUAUCGAAGUAGAAAUGAUGGAUUGUCUAUGCACGAAUCCGUGCUUCUCUGAGAAUCUGUCCAUACUUAGUAAAAUGGCAGGAUCCAAAACCAGUUAAACAUUACUGUGUUAGUAGUAAUCCACCUCAGUUCUUCUAUGAAAUGCAGACAGUUCAUGAGUCUCAGAAGUGACAACACUAUUUCAAAGAUGUUUCAGACUUUCAUUGAAGGCUAGUUGAGUUCUUAGACUUGCAUUUAAGCUAUUGAAAGUGAUCUGAUGCACAUAGACAUAGCAAUAAGGUCGUAUACACAAUGUGGUUAAUACUGUCAUUGUUCCUUACAUUCAGAUAACUUGUGUUACAAUCUUUCUGCCUAAAACCUGUAACACAUUUACAAGUUUUAUUUUGACUGACAUUGUUAAUGCACUGUAUAGAUGUGUGUAUGCGUGCGUGUGAGUGUGCACUUAUAAUACACAAAUACAUAUGGAAAAGAGCUAAAGAGUUUAAAUGUAAAUGCAUUUAACUUUGGGCAAAGCUUAUGAAGUACUUUUAUUUCGUAUUAAUUUUUUUUUUAUAAUUUAUUUGAGAAGCCAUUCAUUUUGAAUGGGAAUUUCUGUCAUUUUUAUACAUCUGCCUCAGCAUCCCAGUAUCUGUUCUGGGCAGGAGAGAUGCUUUGGGAUUAUUAAUUUAAUUUUAUGUGAGAGUUUAUUUCCUCUCCUUUGACUACUGUUUGUCAUUUUCCUCAGCAAGAAGGAGCAGGCAGGCAAAAGCGGAAAGCCAAAAAUGUCUCUUUAAUCUGGCUAAGAAAUGGUGCUUGAAAUUCAGGGCAGUGUUUAGUUUUUUAGGUGCAUCGCAAAUGGAGAACUUUUACCUUCAACACCCAAAUCUACCUUCAGAAUGUCGUCCUAUAUGCAAAAUACUGGAGCACAGUGAAAGUAAUGCCAGAUACAGAAAUGGUGCUGCACCUUUCACUUUUUGCCGUGCUAUGCUGUCAAACUAAACAAAGUGGUUGCAAGGCCAAAUCUCACAGGUAUCAGGGAACGACCAGCUCCUCGACACUCUUGUGAAGUACACGCAGGACUCUGAGGUUUGGUCAAGGCUUGGUAUUCCCUGAGCUGUGUGAGUAUGCAGUGCCCCUUCUCUUAAGCUUUGUCAUGUCAAUUCCAUUUUGUUUUGCCCUUUUUUUACCCCAAAGAGCCAGUAGGUUCAUGUCUGUGAUUGGGCACGUGCUGCUGUGCUAUCAGGCUGCUGAAAGACUGUGCGGGGUUUUACACUAAAAUGAUUCUGACUGUUAAUAGGAAGCUUAGACUCCUGGUAACGUGGGUAUUUUUAAUUGGUCUUUGCAGCCUUUUCUACUUUGUGUUUUCCUUUCCUUGACUGUGAAAUGGGGGUGGAAAAGAAGAAAAAAGCAGGUUAAGUGGCACAUGUGGGAUGCAGUCCUGCGAGCUGCUGGGUGCCGCGUAGUAAGUGCUGAAUGCACUGACCUUCUCACCAGAAGAGGUCCUUGGAGUGCUUAACAGAGAGAUUUUUCUAAUACUUAAGUACCAAACACUGGUAUCAACACCGGUUUUGGAUGGUUUGGAAGGUUGUCCUGUUAUCUUUUGUUUUGUAAGAUUUGUUAACUGAAAACAAAGAAGUUGAUUUUUUUUUUCCCUUCAAUGAAUGAGCUUUAGUGCCUAUUAUUGCUGCAGGUUGGCUCUGUAGGUUUUAAGGUACAGAAGUAAAACAAUUUUUACAAAUGGAAGUAACAUUUACUUAGUAUAUUUCAAAAACUUUUUUUUCUGUAUAUAAUGCGUCUGAUGUAAUUUUUAAUGAACUGGGCAAUUUUAUAUUUUAAAAAUUGCAAACUGCAGCAAAGUAACAGUAGCAGAGCACUACACUGAAACUCUAAACUAAAAUUGUGAAGAUAAAUAUGACUUGGGCUUACCUUAGUUCUAAUUGGUUACAACAGCUUAGAAAUGUAUGUAUAUAAUAUUGUGGCUAAGUGUAAUAAUCUCAGUGUUUAAUGAUGGUUCUGUAAUUCAUAACAAAGCUGUACAAUUUAUUUGUGCAAGCAACACAAGGCUCCAAAAUAUGUAUCAGCAUUAGUAAAUACUGUAGAUUUUUAUAUAUAAAAUAUAUACACACUAUUUUCUUAUGUCAUCUGCAACAGUUUUAAAACUGUGUAUCCUAUUUUGAUGUGACUGUAUUUUUAACAUGUUAAAAUAAUAAUAAUUAAGCUU